AUGAUUACCGAUGAAGUUCAUUUGAAGUCCUCCAAGGAGUCAGCAAGGCAGAUUAGGAAGAGCUUCUUCUUCUUUUGUUUCCUUUCGCUUACUCAAAAACUUCAUUACUUAUCGUCAGAUUUAGUCCUUAUACGCUCUUAUCAUUUCCGUCCUCAAACCCACAUCCUCUCACAAAGAAACUCUAGUAAACCUCUCUCUCUCUCUCCCCGCAAAAACCCUCCACUCUGUUCUCUCUCAUUGAUUCAGGGUAUGGAGAAUGAGGGGGUACCCAGCAUGUCAUUAUGCGACAAAGAGCUGGUGUUUUUGAUACUUCAAUUUCUUGAUGAAAAGAAAUUUAACGGGGCUGUUCACAAAUUGGAACAAGAAUCAGGAGUGUACUUCAAUAUGCAUUAUUUUGAGGACAGAGUAAGAAAUGGGGAUUGGGACGAGGUGGAAAAUUACAUAUUUGGGUUCACAAAGUAUGAUGAUAACAAAUAUUCUAAGGCAAUCAUCUUUCAGAUCCGAAAACAAAAGUACCUUGAGGCCCUAGACAGGAAAGAUCGGGAUAAAGCUUGUGACAUUUUAAUGAAGGACUUCAAAGUACUUUUAGAUUCUAAUGAAGACAUCUAUAAAGAAUUAACACAGCUUUUGGUUCUUAAAAACUUCAGAGAGAAUGAACUAUUAUCUGGAUAUGGCGACACUGAAUCUUCCAGGGGUGUAGUUUUUGCUGAAAUUAAGAGGCUUAUAGAAAAAAACCCCGUGUUCCAUGAUAAGCUGAACUUUCCCAGCUUCAAGGACAGAAGAUUAAAUACUCUACUUAGUCAGAGUUUGAAGUGGCAGCAUCAGCUCUGCAAGAAUCCAAACCAUAAGCCUGGCAUAUUAACUCUGUUUGUGGACCAUUUGUGGGUAACUGCUUCACAGUCAAAUGGUGCAGGGCUUCCAUCUUCUGUAAUUAGGCCGCUUCUGCUUUCGGGUGCUAUUCCUAACCCUACGGGAGUCCCACUUUUGAGGGCUCAUGCUGCAUUUCAACCAGAUCCGGGUUCUCCUUCCCUUGAUAAAUGGAUGACUAAUCUGUCUUCAGUUCCUCACCCUUCAGCUUCUGCUGGUUCAAUUGGUUUCAAUAUCCAGGAUUGUUCUGAUAUAUUGACGCAUUUAAGGACGCCUAUGAAUACCCCAGUUGUGGACUACCAAAAUGAUGAUCCUGAACAAGUCUUGAAAAGAACAAGACCUUCGGGAAGAUCGAAUGAACAUGAAGAUAGUCAAAGUUUGGUAGAUUGGAAGAGCAAAGUUGCAGACGAGUCCUCUGAGAAAUCCAUUAUUUGGAAACUGAAAGAAGUGAAUGAUCCGUCAUCGUGUCGUUCGUUGAGACUUCCGGAUAGUUUAGUGUCUACGAGGGUUUCAAGGUUGGUGUAUGCCAAUUCAGGAUAUGUCAUAAUGUCUCUAUAUGCCAAUGCUGUACACAAACUCUGGAAAUGGCCAAAAAAUGAUUGUAAUCCAACAGGGGAGGCAAGAACAAAUACUUUGCCACAACUAUGGCAGCCUUGUAGUGGGAUAUCACUGACCAAUUAUAUUAGUCUCAUAAAUCCUGAAGAAGCGGUUCCAUGCUUCGCACUGUCCAAGAAUGAUGCUUACGUAAUAUCGACGUCUGGAGGGGGAAUUUCUCUAUUUAAUGCAAUAACCUUCCAAAAAAUGACAACAUUCAUGCCCCCUCCACCUGCAGCAACAUUUCUGGCAUUUCAUCCCCAAGACAAUAACAUCAUAGCAAUUGGCAUGGAUGACUCCUCUAUCCUAAUAUAUUAUGUCCGUCUUGAUAAGGUCCAAGCCAAGCUCGACGCUCAUCAGAAAAGGAUAACUGGUCUUGCCUUCUCUAAUAUUUAUAAUGUGCUUGUAUCUGCAGGAGCUGAUUCUCAGUUGUGUGUUUGGAGCAUUGAUACGUGGGAGAAGCAAACUAGUGAAUACUUGCAAAGCCCACCUGGUUGCUCGGCUGCUUUUCUUGCAGAUACCCAUGUACAAUUUCACCGGGAUCAAACGCAUUUACUAGCAUUCCAAGAGAGACAGAUAGCAAUAUAUGAAGUACAUAAUUUGACAUGCCUUAUGCAGACUGCACCCCUACCAGCAAGUGGCCGAAUCACAUGUGCUACAUAUUCUUGCGAUGGCCAAUCCAUAUACAUCAGCUUUGAAAAUGGAAGUAUAGGCGUUUUUACUGCUUCAUCAUUGUGUUUGAGAUGUCGAAUCAAUUACUAUGCAUACGCACCUCCCUAUCCAAGCGAAUUAUCCUAUCCCUUAGUUAUUGCUGCUCACCCUCACAAGCCUAACCAAUUUGCAUUAGGACUUACUGAUGGUGGAGUGUGUGUAAUUGAGCCACUAGAGUCGGAAGGUGAGUGGGGCACCUUACCUCCACUAGAAGACAAUGCUUGUUCAAGCACGGGUCAUGCAGCUAGUUCUGAUCAAUUUCAAAGGUAA